GCCUUGGGCGGUACCGUAUGCGAACUUUGUCAAAAUCUUGGAGAACGUGUAAAUCCGGUCUGCCGGCCCGGGCCACAGCAGACUAUCGAGGCUGUCCACCACGAAUCUCCCCUCUCUCUCCCUAAUUUUAUAUUAAUAUCAUACUGGCCGCCAAUUCGGAUUUCCACUUGCUCGCCGUGUUCUGACGGAUCCACUCCUACUGUGCACCGCAGAAUCCGUACAGAUCGUAUCAUACCCAAAUUCACUCAACUUGCCGGUAGACUUCCUGCCGCUUCUACCAGAGCAUCCCCAUAUCCGUAGUUACCCUUCCGAGAGCAGAAUCCCACCCGAUAUCCCUGCUCCCCGAAACAAGCAAACUCUCUCCUCUUUCCUCCAGAGAAAAAACCCUCCUCGAGCAACUUUUUAUCUAUUUUUCCUCACGGAUCACAGAAGGAAAGGAGAAGGAAAAAAAGAAAAAAAGAGGACCACCCCACCGAAUUUAACCUGACAAAAAGAUGAACGUUGUUGUACCAGUACAGGUGUUCGCUGCCAACAAUAGUUCGUACCGGGGUAGGAAGCGUGCUCAUCGUGCCUGCGAUCAAUGUAAGAGGAGAAGGGUAAGGUCUUUGGUUUUUCUUCUUCUUUCUUUCUUUCCCCCUCCUCUCUCUUCGUUUUUUUUUUUAAAAAAAAAAAAAAUUCCGGUUACCUAUUCCCGGUUGGAGGUGGGGGCGGGGACCGUGGAGAACCUCGCCACUGCGAUGCCGCCCACCAUCUCGAUAACGGUUGUUAACUUCUUCGAUAGAAGAGAUGUCUACCCCCCUUUGAGAACCAUGAGAGAUGUGCGGGAUGUACGAGAGAUGGAUUACGUUGCAGGUCCGUACGGUUCCGAUUUCUACCUAAUCUCUAGAGAAUCCCUAGACUGACGUUUUCCCUUUCUUUCCCUUUCCUACCCAGCCUGGUUGUGGUGGAACCAUCAUCACAGGGCGGUAGCUCCGCCAUCGCAGGCUCUUCGGUGAGCGCAGCAGAGGUCGAGAGUGAGGGAUUCGCGGAUAAACUCGCUGUGUCCUCUGACUCCCCGGAUGGGCAGGCCCGCUUUAUAGGAGAUCUAAACCCGGAGGCAGCACUGCUGGCGGCAACAUCUAACCCAUCCGGACCUUCGUCCUCGUCAGCCCCAUCCCGCAAUGAAAUAGGUGUCUGGGUGCUGCAGCCGCAAGCCGUUUCCCGCCCGCGAAAACGCCGCAGGAGCCCAGACCCCACGAAUACUACUCGACGCUCUGCGAGCCCUGAGCCUACAUUGGCUACGCAUUACAACAACCUCCUCGAAUCCCUCAACGCCUUCUCGCUACCCCCGCGGUCGAGCCUGGACGCUCUGCUAUCGCUAUACGUGGAAUCAGUGCACCCGAUCUACCCCCUCGUGGACACGCACACGAUAAACCUCUUCAAGACCCCCGACGAAAUCCCCCACGUCUUGCUGCAAAGCAUCCUGCUCGUCGCCUCCCGCCACCCGAAUGCCGCCGAGCAUCUAUUCCUCCCGCCCACGAAUGCCCCGCUCCCGCCCCGGAAAUUCGCCUCGAUCCUGUACACCCGGAUAACGGCACUGCUGCAUGCUGGGAGUGAGAAGGACCGCAUACGGCUCAUACGCGUGUAUGGGUUGCUAUCGCUGCACUCGGCUGAUGGCCCGGGCGGGAAUGAAGUUGCAAGUAUGAAUUUGUGCACCGCUAUACACCAUGCGCAUUCCGCCGGCUUGCAUCUCAAAAGGAAUCGGAGUGGUGGGAAGGGUGAGACGGAGCUCUGGUGGUGUCUUUGGGAGCUAGAUAAAUUGCAGGCGGCGAUAAACGGACGCCCGGUGCUGGUGCGUGGGGAGGAUACGUCAAUCGAUUUUCCAAGGGAGCAUGAGGGGACUAGCGUCUUCCACGGGAUGGUUAGGUUGGCAGAGCUAUUAGAAAAGGUUAUCGCGCUCUACAGACCUAGGAAAGAAGGCGGGGUUUUCCAAUGGGAGGAACACUUUCCCUCCUUCGAACAGGUCGUGGGGGAGAUAAGUUGUGAUGACCCAGGGUUACAAGGUACUUCCCGCCCUAUACCCCCCUCACCAGCACCCGAAACUAACCAACGAGCGCGGAAAAGCAACCUUAUCCCUCUUCUACCACGCAAUCUCAAUCCUCUCCCACAGAACGCCAACUUCAAGCACAAACUCCCCCUCCCACGGCCGCCGUACAGCCUCCGCGAAAGCAAUCUAUGAAAUCCUCUCAAACCCUUCCCCCACGCAUCUCCUCCCGCCAACCUCGAUAACACCUUAUGCCGCUUCACUCUCCCUAACAACCUUCCACGCCCUCGUCCGGGAAGGCGAAAAAACAUACCAGAAGGCAUACAAGGAGACGCUAAAGAUUCUAGAAUCCUUAUCGAGGUGGUGGUGGUUUGCCGGUGCAAUGGCAGCCCUAGGCAAAGAAGCCGUUGGGAGAAGAGGAAAAGUCGAGUGCGCACUCGCCCUGUCGAGUCUCCGUGAAGGCGGUAGCGAGAGCACUGUGCCAGCGGCCGAAAGACAGCAGACACUCCAACAACAGCAGCAGAUGUUCCAACAACAACAACAACAGCAGCAGCAGCAGCAGCAGCAGCAAGAUUGUCAACACCAACAGCAAGAACAGCAGCAGCAAGAACACCCAGAGCAAAUACAAGCCCCAGUCUCUGGAGUCGGCGUGCCGAUCACGACUGGUACGACCGUUGGCACCCCACCGGCUAUAACCGCUGAAGGGCCCACCAGCGUAGUACCGGGAUGGGAAGGGGAUGCGGAAUGGGGAGAAUUCGCUGAGCAUUUCAUGCUAGACGUCUGGGACCCUGUCGGCUUUUACGACCCGUUUGCCGAUGGGGGGGUUAUGGGGUUUAACAAUGGUGGCGGUGGCGGUGAUGGGGGAGCAGGUCUUGCGGCAGGCUUGGGGGUGGGGAUCAGUAUGGGCUUUGGAAUGGGGUUUUCUAGGGAUGAGUGUUUGGCUUGAGUGUUCUCUUUUCCCUUUUUUAUUUUUUCCAUUCAUUUUUUUUUCCAUUUAUUCCUUGCGUGGGUACGGCGGGGUCUAUGGUUGGUUGGUUGGUUGGUGGGAGUUGGGUGGUCUGUUCGGGUAUGAUGCGCGAUACGAAGUCUAACUCUCGCUGAUGCUCGAUAUGGGAAUAUGGAUAGUGCAUGUCACGUACUCAAUUCACGGCGUGUAUGCCCCCC